GAGAGAGCAGUGCACAGCUCCUCUUCCGGUGAACCGUCCGCCAUUGAGGCGACUCACAGUUUUGCGUAUUCAAAUUUCAUGUGAAAUCUCAAUGAGUUUUGCAUUUUCAAGUCUCGCAACAAUUGCCGUUGCUGCUAUUUUCAUCACAUUCUGCCAUGUGAUCGUGGUCGCUGCGCCUGCAGCAACACCGGACCUCGAUCGUCCAGAUGAAAUUCAUCACAGAGUAAAAAAGAGGUCACCUGAUGGCAUAACGGAAACCUCUUCACAGGCAGACGAUGAAGGCGAUAGUGAAGAUGAAGAAGAGGACCAAGAAGAGAACGAGGACACCGGCGGGAACAUUGGAGAUAAUAAAUUGGUUUCAAACGGCUUUAAAAUCGUGCUUUCAAUGCCCGAAGAAGACCCUUAUGUUCAAAAUAGAUGUCAAACACUUUCCAUGUUUUCAUCUGCACCGUGCGAUGAGGAUCAAUAUAUCAACAUAAAUGAUCGAAAUCAGAUUCUCCCUGCUACAUCGCAACUUGGUCGUGGUUCUAAAGACGGGGAUUAUUAUUCUGCACCUUACAUGCCGCCAGAACUUUAUUCAUUUUUGCAAAAUGAAUUUUCACGUCAGUAUAUAGGAGCUGCAAACCAAAAUGACGCAAGAGUAAUGGCGGAACCUGGAUCGGGUCUUAAGGCCGUUCUUGAUUUCGCCUUACGCAACAGUUUAUACGCUGCGAAUCCCUCUAAUAGUACCAAAAAAACUACUACAACAACAACUGAGAGACCAACAAGGGAAGGUGAAGUGAGAGACUUGUGGUUGGUUAAAGCUAUCGACACCGAGACGACUCCAACUCCCGACAGCUACGGUUGGGCUCUUAAACAGCUAGGCUUUAGUCCAAUGGUUGCAGUGACUGAAGAAGCGGAUUUAUCUUUCCUUAAAAAUUAAAAAAAAAAAAUAUGAGCUUUGAAAUAAUUGAAAUAAGGAUAUAUGACAAGUAUGCAUUGGCCGAUAGCCAAUUUUCAAGAAAGUGAUUCAAAAAUAUAGUUUAAAACGGAUUUUGUGAAAUAAAUAAGUAUCCUAAAUAAAAAAUUGCUCUGAUUGUUGAAUCGGGGUCUUGAAUUAAAAACAUUUUCUUGACCAAUAUCCUCUUAUAUCCUCAAAUUGAAAUAUUCUCAUUUGAAUAUUGAAAGCCAGCGAUUGUUUCAAAUAUAAAUGUUUAGAAGUUGAAAUAAAA